AUGAAAGUAGCAUCAAACAAAAAUGUAGGGUUUAUAAAUGUGCCUUAAUAAACAUUGGAUAUAUUUCAUAAAUUAGAGAAAGGGGAAUAGAAUGAAUAAAAGAGUAUUUUGAUGAAUUUGGAAAAUUUAAAUGAUAAAGAAGGGGAGGUGAAUGAUUUUUUAUUAGAGAUAAAGUAACAGUAUUAUUAAUCCAUGGGGUAGCUGGAUCAGGCAAAAGUACUGCAGCUAAGAAAAUAAAGGACUUUAUUUAGAAAUUACAUGACACUAAUGAAAAAUUGGUAAUGAAAUCUUAAUACCUGUAGUAAUUAUUCUUUAUAAUUUGAAUCAGAAGAUAAGAAUAAAUUUAAAGAAAUCGAACUUCUCAAGUUUGAUUCUUCUUAAAUGCAAUAAUAUAUAGAGAAAUUCACACUUUAAAGUGUUAAAAUGUUGAUAUUUGAAAAUUUAUGAAUGGUAAACAAAAAUUUCAAAUAGAGGAGUGAUUGAUAUCAAAAAGUUUGAAAUUUUUUGGGAACAAUUGUAAAAAUUUCUAAAAAAAGAAAUAUCAGGGUUAAAAGGGGAAAAUUUAUUGAAUUAAAAAUAAAUAAACCAUUUUUUAUUUAUUUUGAAGAAUGAUGAGUUCAUAGCUUUGAAAAGUCAUGAUGCUUUAAGAAGUCUGGGUAUUUAGUUACAAAAGCUAUGGAGCUUUUAAAAGUACAACAAAUUUAUGAAGUAGAUAAAAUUGAAUCGAUUGGUAGUAACUCCAUAUAUGAUGAUGGAAAUAAUAGUUUAAGUGUUGCUCGAAUGA